AUGUCGCAGCAAAAAUACACGGAAGACAAAUUAUGUAAAGAAGCGUUGCCCAAGUUAAAGGAUGAAGUAACUCAAAUACAAACAUUACCUUAUAGAUCGUUGGUGGGUGCACUGAUGUAUCUAGCGAUUGCCAUAAGACCGGAUAUAGCUUACGCUGUUAGUGUCUUAAGUAGAUUUAAUGAGAGUUAUGGAAAACCCCAUGCAGCAAACAGAGUACUUCGGUAUUUAAAGGGAACAAGUAAAUACCAAUUGGUAUUUAAAAGAAAUACAAAAGAUUUAGCUGGAGUUGUUGAUUUCGAUUGGGCAAAUGAUGUUGACGAUAGAACAUCUUACACGGGAUCCGUUUUUAAAUUAGCAGGAACAGCAAUCGUCCGGGAAUCAAAAAAGCAAAAGAGUGUUGCUUUGUCCAGUAUGGAGGCUGAGUACAUGGCAUUAACCGAAGCUGCCAAAGAAGCCACAUAUUUAAACAAUUUUUUCACGGAAUUAUGA